UGAAAGGUAACCUCAACUCAAAGCUUUUGUGUUUACUAUUAUGUUCUAAUAUUAAUAUUAAUUUCAUAUAUAAAAUGCUUAGUAAAAUGGAAGUACCGGGAUAUCCCGGUUUAAUAAAAACAAUUGAAGAUGGCGAAGAAGUCGAAGAUUUGUCCGAGGAAUCAGAUAUCGAAGUAGAAUAUCAACCAUCAAAACAAAAAGUGAAAAGGAAAGCAGACUUUGAUCCAUCUUUUAAAUUUGUUGGUUCCGUAGAUGAGUAUAAUAAGAAUCCUUGGGAUGAUUUACAAAAGUAUGUCCGAAGAAAUGUAAAACAUACAUUAGAUGAAAAAAUAGCUAAAAGGAGAGCCGAAGUCAAAAUACAUGGUAACAGUGGUGAUGUAGACACAGAUUCCGAAGCUGAAGCAAAAGAUGAAGAUGUCGAUGAAUUGGAAAUAUCUGAUGAUGAACUCAAAAAAGAUGAAAUAAAGACUAAAGAAAAGAAACUCACUAAAAAGCAAAAGUUAAAAGAUCAAUUAAAAGAAGAUGAAGAAGAAGGUACUCGUAUUGAGUAUGAUUCAGAUUUCUUUGAGGAACCACCACCAUAUGAUGAGCAGGCAUCUUUCUAUAUGAUGAAUCUCUCUCGGCCACUCCUCAAGGCUAUUGGCAGUUUGAACUACGUCCAUCCUACACCCAUACAAGCAGCUACAAUACCUAUUGCGUUAUUAGGUAAAGAUAUAUGCGCGUGCGCAGCUACGGGCACCGGUAAGACUGCAGCAUACAUGCUACCGAUACUGGAGAGAUUGUUAUACAAGGCAGGAGGAGACAGGAUCACUAGAGUGUUGGUGCUUGUCCCGACUAGAGAGUUAGGUGCACAGGUACAUGCGGUGACAAGGCAACUUGCGCAAUUCACUUCGGUCACUAUUGGUCUGUCUGUUGGUGGAUUGGAUGUCAAAUAUCAGGAAAGUGUGCUCCGUCGUAACCCAGACAUAGUAAUAGCAACUCCAGGGCGACUGAUUGAUCACAUCAGGAACACGCCAUCAUUCAGUCUUCAUUCCAUCGAAGUUCUGGUACUUGAUGAAGCUGACAGGAUGUUGGACGAAUAUUUUGCGGAACAAAUGAAAGAGAUCAUCAGACAAUGUUCCGCUAAGCGACAGACGAUGUUGUUCUCAGCGACUAUGAGUGAGGAGGUCAAAGAUUUGGCUGCUGUGUCAUUAAAUAAGCCUGUCAAAUUGUUUGUGGAUUCCAACAAAGAUGUGGCGUUUAAUCUGCGCCAAGAGUUUGUCAGGAUACGUAAAGAGCGCGAGUCUGACCGCGAGGCGAUCUUGGCGGCGCUAGUGUGCCGCACGUUCCGCGACCGAGCUGUCAUAUUCGUACAGACUAAAAAGCAAGCGCACAGAUUACACGUAGCUUUAGGCCUGCUUGGAGUUAAAGUAGCAGAAUUGCAUGGUGCAUUAAACCAGCCUCAGAGAUUGGAUUCAUUGAAGAGAUUCAAGGAAGAGCAGGUCGAUGUGUUGGUAGCUACAGAUGUAGCGGCAAGAGGUUUAGACAUACCCGGUGUUAAAACUGUACUUAAUUUCACAUUGCCAGCUACAUUAGAACAUUAUAUACAUAGGGUGGGUAGAACAGCACGUGCGGGUCGCGCGGGGGUGUCAGUGUCCCUGGCGGGGGAGGGGGAGAGGAACCUGGUGAAGGCGAUAGUGCGGCGCGCGCGUCGUCCUGUCAAGUCCCGCGCUGUGCCACCUGACAUCGUCGCUAAGUACCGCGACAGAUUGACUAGAUUGGAACCCGAGAUCGCCGCUAUACUUGAUGAAGAAUACGCAGAGAAACAACUGAACAAAAUGGAGAAGCAGACAUCGAAACUGGAAACAAACUUGAAGAAAGAGAAAGAAGGUCCUCAAGUUGAGGUCAAACGGCAGCACGAUUGGUUCCAGACACCAAAAGAAAAAAGAGAAGAAAAAGAGAGGCUUGCGUUAACUCGUCAUCCGGGGAAAGAGAAUCUUAAGGGAAAAGGUAAAAAACGCAAACGCGACGACGAUUCGGACGAUGAUGACGGCAAGAAGAAAAAGAAGAAGACAACAAAACAUACACCUAAGGAUACAGCUGAAGAGAGAGUGAAAAAAGAGAUGGAGAAGGUUGCUCUACUUCAAUCAAGGAUGGCGAAACGUAAGAAGAAACAACGCAGAAUAAAAGCUGUCGACGACGAAGAUGACGAAAGAUCGCAAUUCAGAAACAACCAAAAGCCAAAGAAUAAGAAGAAACAGAGCAACUUUGCAAACGAUUUGACAGAUACUUCUAGAGCCGCAGCAAAGAGACUGCGAUAUGAUGCUAAUCGUGUACAAAAAGGUGUUAAAUUCCCACAGAAAAAGGGUAAAGGGCCGGCCAAAGGAAAGGGUCCGAAUAAAACUAAAACGUUUGGUAAACCUCAAGCACCUAAACAAGGAGGUCGAAGAAAAAAUAAAUAAUACUUAUUAGGAUAACAAUUAUCUGUUUUAUAUGAACAACUAAUAAAUAUUUUUGAAAAUC